UAAGGCAAUUAUUCACACCCUGCAGCAAUUUCAGCAUGUCACAGCUGUGGUAUCAUAGCAACAGCAGAGGGUAACAUCAUCAAUAACACCAUCACCCCUGCCUUCCAGCACCACAAACCCUUACAAACUCAACGCACAGACAUUAUUUGACAGCAACUCCGGGAGAAGAAUAAUACAAGGCGUCUUGUUCUGUAGGGACGAACCAAGAAUUUUGGAAAUGCAAGUCUUUGAAGGAAAACUACUACUUGUAGCGCUGCUUGUUGGCUAUAGAUUGGAUACUAGUUUUGUUAUUAGCCCAAGUCUAAACCCUUUGUCAUUGGAAUUACACGGGGUGCCAAGCAGACCAAAGAGUUUUCUUUAGCUUGAGAUACCCACGUUGGAAGACAGAAACUUUCUUCCGAUAACCAAUAUGGAACACCUUGUUUUCUCCCAACGUUGAGUCUUUCUUGGAUGAGUAAUUGGUUUACCAUCAAACACUGAUCAUGAUAGCAACUGGAGGUCUGCUUCGGAUUUCAUCUAGACGACAAGAUUCCUUGCCAUCCAAAAGCAGAACGCAAAACAAACAACGCAAAAGGAAAGCCAAAAAGAAAAGAAAGAGUGAUGUUGUGGUCGUAAAAGGCAAAUUGAAGCUGUGCUCUAUAUCUGGAUUGAUAGCUGCAUUUGGAAUAAUAGUGCUGCUUGUGGGAAUAGCCAUGGCUGUCAUGGGAUACUGGCCCGAAAACAAUCAGAUCUACCAAGACAACUUUACAGAAUCCCAACGUUUGCCAAACAACAAAAGGAUCUAUGAUAACAAAUUGUUGUUUGCAUCAACCAAUUGGACAAGGAAUAGCCAUGUUGUCUACCAAAUUGAUCUAGACUUGUCAAAAAGCAAUCACAGUAAUAGCACCAAAAUGGAGACCUCCUCCUUUUCCCCCUCCCUAGGUUUCUUCUCUGAAUUUCUCGCCAACUAUUUACAUUCAGACAAACUAAAAGUAUUCGGACCAUUAAUAAUGGGCAUUGGGAUAUUCCUCUUUAUUUGUGCCAAUGCAGUGCUUCAUGAAAACAGAGACAAAAAGACAAAGAUUAUCAAUCUAAGAGACAUGUAUUCAACGGUAAUAGAUAUUCACAGUUUAAGGUCCAAAGACUGCACACCUCUUAAUGGUUUUGUCAAUUAUGUGCAGUCAAGGAGUGUGGAUAUGAAAUCCAGUGGGUCUUACAGCACUGCCAUGUUAGUCAAAAGUUCAUUGUCUUCAACUGCUGGAGGGACAGUCAAAGCACAAGGCCAGGGAGGUAGUAUUGAAACAAUGAGGCGCCAGUCAUUAAAAAGACAACAGAGUCUUUCUAAAGAAAGGCAGAGUUUUACAGACACAGUCUACAGCAUUUACAGAGACCAGUCCAAGGCUCCUGAAAGGGUUCCCAUACCAAAAAAGUGGGAGACUAAAUCUAUUGUCACUUCUUCCAUCAAUGCUUUUACUCUUCCAGUAAUCAAACUAAAUAACUGUGUUCUUGACGAAAACAGUGUUAAACAAGUGGAGAGUGGUGUCAAAGAGGCCCCAACAUCCAAAAGCAAAACGGUUUCAAGUGACUCAGAAAUGGCGAGCCCUGAUCCAAUCAACAGCAACCACAUUGAAACAAAAGAGGAGACUUCAAAAAUAGGCCUGUUCACCAGCAAAGAUGUAUCACCAGUUCAUCAGAGCCCAAGCAGCUUGCAGGGGGCAUCGCAGUCAUCUCCACUAGGAUCACAGGUCCAGUUGCUUCCUCCAAGUCCAAGUAGGAGAGAAAUGGGUUCAGAUCUUUCCCUUGGUGCUCUCUCCACUUACUCAAACACUAUAGAUCUUGGUGACUGUCCAUCAAUAGCAGAUACAGAAGGGGAUACAAGUAGAUACUCCAGCUGCCCCCUCUUGGAACGUUCAAACAGUAAGGGCUACUUAAAACUUGUAGGAUUAGAAUCCUUUGAGUCUUCUGAGGUGACAGUAAUAAGAAGUGAAGACUGUAAAGAAACUUCAGUGGAGGAUAUGGAGGACUGCAUUGUCCAAGAUGCACAGGAAAGCACUGACAAAACAGAAACAGGGAUUCAGAGGCAAUACACAAAUAGGGAAAAAAUUAGGAUUUCCAAGUCAAAUGCAACUGUAACGACUGAAGAUGAAGAACUUGAAAGCACUGGUAUCUAAGUGUUAAAUAACUAAAACAAUCCCUUGUUAUUUUUUUUUUUUUUUUUUAUGAAAUUGACGGUUGAUUAACUAGCAGAUAAGUCAUUAUCCAAAGAAUUAAAGAAUGUUGCUUUUAUGUUUACCAUUUACUAUAAAUGACACCAAGCAAAAAACAAAAACAAAACAAAAAACAAACAAACGAAAAAAAAAUGUUGUAAUGUUUAGUUGUAAUUGUACUUUUCUUACAAAAUGAACAGUGUAUAUAACCGGAGCAAUUACACAACUGUGGUUGUUCCAUGUAAUGAUUUAGUUUGUCUUUUUAAUAAGGUAGUCAAUUUAGGGACUGCAUUCCUUAUUUCAAUGUAAGCUAUAAAGGUUUUAUUGUUUUCUGCCAGAUGCAUCAUUGUUUACAUGUUGCUACCAAAACUCAGCAAUAUUUAUCCGACUGCUAGCUACAACAAUAUGCUGUUUGUAUUGUCUUACUAAAAGUAUAACAGUUAUUUGAUUCUUUAACUUGUAUACUUCCAUGUCCUUUUGAUUUUCAAGAGCAAGUGGUUUGAAAUGAUUUAUUUAUUAAUGUAUUUUUUAUUUAUUUACCUCAUACCGGUUUAUGGUGUUUGGAAUGUAGGAGUGCUGUUUCUCAAAAGAUGAAUUGACUUGUUACAGUAGUGGUGCACAAGACUCCAUGGCUACAAGCAAACAUGUCUAAAGUAUUGUUGGUAUUACAGUAGGCUCCCGAUAAUCUGUGUUUCAAUAAUUCAUGUUUCGAUAAUCAGUGCAGUUUAAUACAGUACAUUAUCAAAAUGUAUUAGUGCAGAAAUCAUCUGACACGCUUUAUUAGUACGAAAAUCAGCGUAUCUGUGCGGAAGUGGACGAUCAUCAUUUAAUUUAAUUCAAUUCAAUUGAGUACAGUAUAGUGUAAGCCAACUGGCAGUACUGUAUUGUAGUUAUUGAAACCAGUGACAAGCGAGCAGAAAGCAGAUUUAAGAUUCUCUUAGCCUGGCAGUCUGAAUAUGAAGAGCAGAUAUGACAAUUAAAGACUCGGAGCAAAAUCAGCUCUCUGCCCCUGAACAAUACUGAUUAUGUACAGUAUAUAAUUUGACUAUUGUUGGGACAUUAUAUUUUAUUUGAAUUAUUGCAUUUUUCGAGUUUUCAAUUAAUAGCGCAGGGAUUUCCCAAACAGUAAACUCAAUUUCAGCUAAUCCGUGUUUUUCACUAAUUCACGCUCAAAUUGGUCCCAAUCUAUAUAAAUUAGGCCCCUGUGCAGUUAGAGCCUGUGCAAAAUCUCCUGGAAAACCAGAUGUCUGGUCAGCAUAUUUAUAUAUAAAACUAGGCUGAAUUUGAAAGGGCUAGCACUUGAUCUGGAAGGGUUCAGUAAUUGACAGUUAAGAGAUACACAAUAUAUAUGACCACAAUGGUUCAUGACUAAAAAUAACACUUAUACGUGGCGGUCCAGAUAAGAUGCAUACCUGCCAUUUUUACACAUUAAAAAAUCUGAAAUACGCAAAAAAAUUGUAUUUAAUGUGUAAAAAUAUGCAUAGCAAUUUUGCUGCACAGCUUGUCUCCUCCCCUCUCGCCUCCCCUAAAACUUUCACUAACAACUACAUCUCCCAGAAUACAAAGUCUUCAGUUACCACCAAUGCCUCCUUCUCUAGUGUAGGGCCAGUGUAUCUCCACUGACUGGACACCACACACCAGUUUGUACAGGAGUGCAUUGCAGAGGCCUUGGGAGCCGGAUCCAGUGACACUAUCCCCAGCGAGGAUCACCUGUCGCCUUUGCCAUUAACUACGGCUCAGUUUGGGCUUGUGAAGCGGCCGGGAUCCUGAGAAGAAGGGUGCCAACUACAACGAACUGCAGCCUGGCAGUGGGGAAGAAACUUCUGUUCAUGGCAGCAUGGGGAAGGGGGGGUUAGGCUGGGGUGUUCUGCUUCCUAUUUGGGAAGAAUCCAUUGGAGAAUCCAGGGAGAACACUGAUUGGUUGCAUUAGGGCUAUUAUGCAAAUGAGAAUAGAUAGGAGUGCUGGUUUGGGCGGUUUUGAGGACUCAUGGGGUGGUAAGAAGGGGGGGUAGCAAGUUCUGCAGGCCUGCCAUCCGGUGAGGGGUUGGCGGUGAGGGAGAGGGUGUUUGUGAUUUUUUGUGUUUAGUCACCAGCACAAAUUGGCUGGUUGUUCAGCAAGGGAGGAAUACUCCCACACAGCCUGUAUUUAAGUACAUUCUGGGUGACUUGUUUUGCGCUUAAAUAAAGAACU